AUGUUAUGUGCAGUCGCGCUGGAUGCAAAUAACCAUCUAUAUCUAGUUGCAUUUGGUAUUUUGGAUAGUGAGAAUCAUGAUUCUUGGAAGUAUUUCAUGUCAAAGCUAAAGGAAGCGAUUGGGGAAGUCGAGGACCUGGCGUUUGUAUCUGACAGGUAUGCAAGUAUUACACAUGCCUUGGAAACUAUUUUCCCCGAUGCUUAUCACGGUGCUUGCUACCACCACAUUAGUAUGAAUGUGGUUGCUAAAUUCAAGACUGAUCAUUGUCAUGUGUUGAUGUAUAAUGCAGCAUAUGCUUUUAGGAAUUCCGAGUUCCACGUUAACUUCAAAAAAAUCAAAUCAAAAGACCCAGCAAUUGCUCAAUACCUAGAAGGUAUGAGUUUUGAUAAGUGGUCCUGUGCUUACUUUCCUGGAAAUAGGUAUAAUAUAAUGACAAGCAAUUACGCUGAAAGUUUCAACAAUAAGACCCGGGACGCUAGGAGCUUUCUGAUAACUACAUUCGUCGAAUUUAUUCGCUUCACACUACAGUCCUGGUUCUGUGAUAGGAGAGAAACUAGUGAGAAGACAACUACAACUCUUGCACCGACCUAUGCGAAAAAUUUGGUGGAUAUGGCUGAGAAAGCUCGAUUCUUGAUUCCUUAUGCAAUAGGGAGGCAUGGGUUCCAUGUGUUAGAUGGUGAGCUGAAUGGUGAAGUCGACCUCCUGAAUAAGACAUGCACAUGCGACGUGUUUCAAAUUAUUGGUAUCCCAUGUGCUCAUGCACUAUCUGGAUCCCUUAAGCGAGGGAAAAACCCGGUUGGUCGUCCAAAGAAGAAACAAGGUAGGCCUAAGACAAAACGCCAUCCUUCCAAUGAAGAUAAAUUGGUUGUUCAACGCAAGUGCAACACUUGUGGAGGUCUAGGCCAUAAUAGGGCAACUUGUAAAGUUUGUGUUUGA